AUGAGUUCCCCAAGCUCAGGAAAACUAUUUUUGAAUCAUGGUAUUAUCAAAAAGAAAACUGGUGUUUAUGGUGGGAUUGUCUCUUCUGCACUAAAACAACAACAACAGCAACAAGAGCCAGUAACUGAAGAAACCGUAAGAUUAUUAAAUGAAAAGAUUAGACAAAAAGAUCAAAGGAUUAGAGAACUUGAAAUGUGUGGUGUUGAAAAGAAUGAGUUACUAAGAGAAAAAGAAAUCCUCGAAAAUGAAAAGAAAAGGUUUUAUGCAGAUAAAAUUGCAUUUGAAAAUGAGAAAAACGCUGCUCUUGAAAUUGGAAUGAUUAGUCCUAGAGUAAAUAACACUAAUGAGUCGGAAGAAAAAGAGAAUGAAAUACAAACUUUAAAAAAUGAAAUGCAAAGAAGAGUUGCUGAGCUUUUAACUGAAUUAGAAGAUGUCAAAAAAAUAAACAAGAAAUUAGAAAAUGAACAAAAUGAAAUACAAAAGAAAUAUGAAUAUUCUGAAAAAGAAAAAAGAGAAAUAGAAAAAAGAAAUGAAGAGAAUGAAGAAAAGGUUCACCACCUAAGUAGUGAAAAAGAAGUUGUUGAAAAGAGUAUAGAAGAAAUGUAUAAAUUACAAAAAGAAAAUAAUGAAAAAAUUGAAAUAGAAAGAAAUGAAUGGAAAAAUGAAAGAAUUGAGUUUGAGCAGAAAAUAAAUCGGUUAGAAGAAAUGAUCACAAGUUAUGAAAAGGCAGAAGGAAGUGAUGAAAGAAAUGAGAUUAAAGAACAACAGAUGCAAGAUGAAAUUAUUGAACUUAAAAAGGUUCAAGAGAAACUUCAAAAUGAAAAAAUUGAACUACAAAACCAGUUAGAAAAACUUGUUAUUGACAAAAAUGAAGAACAAGAAAGAAAAAGAAAAGAAGUUGAAGAACUUAAGAAAAGGAAUGAAGAAUUGGAAAAAGAAAACACUAAAGUGAAAGAAAGUAUUGGUAGUAAUGAUCUUGUUAACUCUUUAAAACAAGAAUUAGAAAAGAAAGAAAAAGAAAAUCAACUCAUUAAAGAUUCUAAUGAAAAGUUGCAACAAUAUUAUGCUUUUAUUAAUAAAGAAGCACAAAGAGUAAUUCAAGAAUCAGAUGAGAAAGUCAAAGUGUUUAUUAAAGAAAAUGAUAAAAAUGGAGAGGAGUUACUUGAACAAAAAAAAGAGAUUGAAUCUCUUAAAGAAGGAGCAAAGAAAGAAAGUGAACGAAAGAAGAGAAUGGUCAUUUUAUAUGAGAGAAAAUUAGAUUCAAUGAGAGAGUUACUUCAAAUAACUCACCAAAAAUUAGCUGGUUUUGAAGAAAUUAAAAAAUACUAUAAAAUUCAAGAAGAACAACUAAGAAAGUUAGAAGAAGAGAAAAAAGACGAAUGGAAGGGGAAUAAUGAAGGAGAAGAAAGAGAAAAUGAACAGAAGUUAAUAGUAAGUGGGAUAGUUAUAGCACUAAAAAUUGCUAACCCUAAAUAUGAAGAUACAAAAUAUACAGUAGAAAAGUUGUUCUCAGAAAUUAAAAAAGAUAGAAUAGAAAAGUAUGAGUGGGCAGAGUAUAUUCAAAGUAUUUUUUCCAAAGAGAGUUUAAAAGAUGAAAAUUAA